UUUUUUAGUAUAUUGCUCGUUUUCAUCACCUCCUCGCGCGUUGGAUGGAGUCACCGCCCGGUAAUCUCACCGCCCUCUCCGACUCCGAUAACGGCAGCAGCGUCUGCUACCCCGUCGGAGACCUCUCCACCGGCGCCGACGCUGAAGCGGAGGCUCUUCGGCGUCUGUCCAAUAACCUCGCUUCCCUCUUUGACUCCGCUGACCUUGCUCCCUUCGCGGACGCCUUCCUCGUCGUUGAGAACGACGCCGAUGAUCCCCCGAAAGAGUUCGGCGUGCAUCGUUGUCUUCUCUCCGCUCGUAGCCCCUUCUUCCGUGAUGUUUUUUCGAAGAAAGAUGAGAGCUUGGUGAGGAUCGAGGUGCGCGAGCUUGUUCCAGGGUUUCGGAUUGGGUAUGAGUCUUUGGGGGCUGUUCUAGUGUAUUUGUACAGUGGGAAGGUGGGGGUGUUGCCCAAAGGGGUUUGUGUUUGUGUGGAUCCUGAGUGCUCUCAUGUUGGUUGCCGUCCGGUGGUGGAUUUCAUGGUGGAAGCUCUCUUUGCUUCCUUUGUCUUCCAAGUCUCAGAGCUUGUUAAUCUCUUUCAGAGGCAUCUAUUUGAUGUUCUUGACAAGGUUGCGGCCGAUGACAUGCUUGUGGUUCUUUCGGCUGUGAAUUCGUGUGAUAAGCUUUGCGACAAAUUGCUGGCCAAGUGCAUUGAGAUCAUAGUCAAGUCAGAUCUCGAUGUUGUAACCCUGGAGAAGGCAUUGCCUGCAGAGCUUGUCAAGCAAAUUACGGAUUCACGGAUUAGUCUUGGGCUGUUUAAACCUGAAAGCUUGGAUUAUCCCAAUAAGCAUGUCAAGAGAAUACAUAGAGCUCUUGAUUCUGACGAUAUAGAGUUAGUACAAAUGCUUUUGAAGGAGGGUCACGCUACGCUAGAUGAUGCUUAUGCGCUACAUUAUGCUGUUGCACAUUGUGAUUUCAAGAUAACAAAAGAACUCCUGGAAAUCGGGCUGGCUAAUAUUAACCACAAGGAUAUUAGGGGUUACACCGUGCUUCACAUCGCAGCAAUGCGGAAAGAACCUCAGAUCCUUGUUUCUCUUUUAACGAAAGGAGCUCAACCGUCUGAUCUUACAUCAGAUGGAAGGACAGCACUUCAAAUCUCCCAAAGACUCACAAGGUUUAUGGAUUAUACGAGGGUGACCGAAAAAGGAAAGGCUUCUCACAAAGGCCGGUUAUGUGUUGAGAUUUUAGAGCUAGCAGAAAGAAGAGAGCCACUAUUAGGAGAAGCUUCAGUUUCUCUUGCAAUGGCCAGUGACGAUCUGCGAAUAAAAUUAUUAUACCUUGAAAACCGGGUGGCUUUAGCGAGGAUGUUGUUCCCCAGGGAAGCGAAGGUCGCCAUGGAAAUUGCUCAAGUAGAUGGCACCUUGGAGUUCACCUUAGGUUCCUCUGCAGACUUUCGUGUCGGAAACCAGAGGACUGCAGUGGACUUAAAUGAUACACCUUUUGAGAUAAAGGAAGAACAUCUUGCUCGGAUGCAAGCGCUCACCAAAACAGUGGCGCUUGGCAAGCGGUUUUUCCCACGAUGCUCGGAGGUUCUCAACAAAAUCAUGGAUGAUGAAGUCUCCGAAUUGUACAUUAGCCAUGACACGACCGAAGAGAGGAAGAGAAGGUAUGUUGAGCUGCAAGACAUACUUAAAAAGGCAUUCUCUGAAGACAAAGAGGAGUUUGAUAAGUCUGGGAUGUCUUCCUCAUCAUCCUCAUCAAUGGGGAUCAGGACCAAGAUUGCCAGGAGAUGAUCCUUUUGAAAUUUUUUUUGUAUGUUGUAACAUCAUCAUCUUUUUUUUUGCUUGAAUUUCUGUAGGCGCUCACCAGCAUAGGCACUUUUGAAGAAUGCUUUUCUUUGUUGAAGGUUGUAUAUAGAAAGAAGGUAUGUUGCUUGCAUGGAUGUAUAACACCUGUGUUUUUUUCAUAGGGUUUUUGACUUGCCGCCCAUUUAGAAAUAAGAAAUUUCUUGGCAUUCUCUCAA